GAGGCAGAAGUUGUGAAAAGUGCAUUAAAGACAUGCUGCCUUAAUGAUCUAAUUAAUGAAAACAGCAGUGCCUUUUUUCAGGCUUGGUGAAAGCCUAAAAUAAAAUAUAUAACUAAUGAAUAGCAGAGAGGUGCUAUGCACCAAUGAGAUCUGAAUUAUUUUUUAUUUUAAGUGUGCAUAGUUUUACUGUGCAUAGUUUUGCAAUAUUUCGCUUAUAACAGUCUACACGUUUUCCUGGUUAAGUAUAAUUUUUACCCACAUAACCAUUGUACUUUUUCUUAAGCUGCAAGAGUUAACUAUCACUUACUUUUGAGAGUAGCUAGUGCUUUAUUAUUACUAACAGAGUUUUCAUGGAAACUAAAGUCUUGAUUUGUGUUUGAUACUGUUCUUUAUGUUUCAGAGGGAACAAGUAUUCUACAAUCUAGAAGAGUGAAGACUGUUAUAUGGAUUCUAUAAAAGAAAAUAAUUUUUAUGUAGGUAAAGUGUGGGUACAAUGUGAGAACAGGAGCUGUUUAAAAUGGAGACUGUUACAGCAAGAUGAUGUAGAAAAUAUUGAUUCCAGUGCACCAUGGUACUGUUAUAUGAAUGUUGAUCCAGAGUUUAAUAAAUGUUCUGUUGCUGAAGAAUAUUUUCCUGAGGAGUCUCAAUUUCAAAAACAUGGAUUAAAAUAUGUUUAUUCAAAACUUCCAUUAGGAAGCUUAGUUUUGGCAAAAAUGAAAACAUGGCCAAGAUGGCCUGGCAUUCUUUCUCCUGAUCCUGUUGAUGGACAGUAUGUGAUAUAUAAUUUAAAUGGAGAUGUUGAAAGUCAUCAUGUAGAGUUUCUGGGGAAUCCCCAUUCCAGGAGUUGGACUGCCAUAAAAUACAUUGAUCCUUAUCCCAGUUCAUUUAAGGCAGAUGUAUGUAAGAGGAAAAAAGCCUGGUAUGAAAGUGCAUUGGAAGAGGCAAACAAAUUGCUAGCAUGUUCUACUCAGCAAAGGCUCGACAUAUGCUACCUAUCAAAAAAGGGUACAGUAAAUGAUGAAGAAGCCAAAAGAAAAACUGAUAGAAUAAAAUGUAGAAAAAUGAUAAAAAGUUGUACAAAAAGAUAUGGGAAGGAAACUAGCUGUAGAAAUGGAAGAAAGAGAAAGCAAAGAACAUUGACAUAUCCUGGCAAAAUAGCAAGGUCAGAAGAUAUCCUAUCAAGAGAAAGCCUAGUUGAAACCGAGACAGAAAUUAUACUGAAAGAUUUGGACCAAAUUCUCAAUCAAGUAGUAGUCACCUCCAAGCCUUCUUUUGAAUCAUCUGGGGAUGGAGAGGACAAUAAUGAAAGAGAAGAGGUACCUAACUUCUGUACAGAAGUUAGUAAAGAAAGAAGACCAAUGGAAAUCAACACUCAAGAAGACUGUAUUAUAAUUGAUGGGAAAGCUUUCAAGGCUGGAGAGUGUAUUGAGAACAUAACAGAACAGUUUAAAGAAAUAGAUUCUUUAAUGGCUGACUUCCAAGGCAGCUUGUAGCACUGAUAAGAGAGAAUCUAUUAUACUGUUUACAACUUUAGAGUGCAUCCUUUUUCACAUAUAGUGGGAGAAUCUUAAAAGCAGUUCAACAAUAUAGAUUACUUGAAGUUAGAUUUACUUUAACAAAGGGUCACAUUUGUUGAUAAAACUAAUAAUGCACUUGGUCUGUAUUAACUGGUCUGCGUUCAUAUUACACAGCGAGAGUUAAUAGUAAUGUCAUGUACUUUUAGAUACUGUUUUCUGUAAAAAUCAGAUUGAAAAUAAAGAUUGGUCAUACUUCA